AGUUGUAUCUAUCAUGCUUGUGAUGAAUUACAGGUCGAGCAAUAAAAAUGUGAACCCUGAUCGUGCAAAAGCCGUGAGAUUGCUUUGACAAAGUGUCAUUUGUCUUGAACGUCCUGAAAGAUGAAGAUCAGAAUUCCCAAGAAGAGAUUUUUUCUAAUACUACUGGCAAUUGUUCUUCUUCCCGUUUUAAUUUUGUUUCUUGUUGUGAUAGGCAGGACAUUUACAUUCAACUUGAACACAGAGCUUGGACAGUGGGAAAAUACAACCAUCAUUUAUCCAGUUUUAAAUGCUGAACAGAAAGACAGACUUCUGGCAAAUUUUAAAGAGGCAAUCCAGCUUCCCACCGUGUCGUUUUCAGAAACACAACAGAACACAAGUGCCCUGCAUGAAUUUGACCUGCUGCUGAGAAGAGCCUUUCCAAAGGUCUUCUCGUCCAGCCUGGUCAAACAUGAGACAAUAUCAAACUACAGUCACCUGUUUACAGUGACAGGCACUGAACUCGAUCUGAUGCCGUACAUGUUACUGGCACACAUUGAUGUAGUGCCCGCCAAUGAGGCGGACGGAUGGGAUGCUCCUCCUUUCUCUGCUAAAGAAAUGAAUGGCUUCAUUUAUGGACGAGGGACCAUCGACAAUAAACAGUCUGUGAUGGGGAUCCUCGAAGCAUUGGAACAUCUACUGGAGAGAGGUUACACCCCUCGACGAAGCUUCUACAUUGGUUUGGGUCACGAUGAGGAGGUGCAUGGCUUACACGGUGCAGUGAAUAUUGUAAAGCUUCUCAAGAGUCGUGGGGUGAAGCUUCUGUAUGUUUUAGAUGAAGGUCUUACUAUUAUGGAUGGAAUUAUAGAUGGCCUGGAUGGACCUGCUGCCCUAAUAGGUGUCAGUGAGAAGGGUCAGGCCACAGUAAAGCUGACUGUUAAUACUGCACCAGGACAUUCAUCAAUGCCUCCAAGAGAAACCAGUAUUGGCAUAUUGGCUUCAGCAGUCAGAAGAUUGGAGCAGAACAGGAUGCCCAAUCUCUUUGGACGGGGUCCUGAGCGUGCCACAUUUGAACAGCUGGCACAUAAGUUCGGCUUUCCACACAGAAUGGUCAUGUCUAAUCUGUGGCUCUUCUCUUCACUGCUCAGCGGUAUUCUGGAAGGACAGCCAGACACAAAUGCCUUUGUAAGAACAACGACUGCUGUCACAAUGUUUAACUCUGGCGUAAAGAUUAAUGUAUUGCCGCCAUACGCAGAGGCCUUUGUCAAUUUCCGUAUCCACUCAUCUCAGACAGUGGAUGAGGUUUUGAAACUGGUUGGGUCCACAAUAUCAGAUAAACGUGUGAAGGUAGAGUUAAUCGAAGGCUUUGACCCGCUGCCCAUCAGCUACUAUAAUGAAUAUACGUUUGGCUACCAGAUCAUUAAGAAAACAGCAAAGGACAUUUUCCCUCAGAUCACUGUAACCCCCGGGAUCUGUAUUGGCAACACUGACAGCCGUCAUUAUACAGAACUGACUUCAAACAUUUAUCGCUUUGUGCCAUCGUGGUACAAACCUGGUGACUCUGCAAGAUUCCAUGGUGUGAAUGAGAGAAUCGCCAUUCAAAACUAUGAGGAGAUUAUGCUCUUCUUUAUGCAACUCAUCCAGAACGGUGAUGUCAGGAACUUGCCAUUACCUCACACAUAACAUAAAUGGAGCUUGAAGGGAUGGAUUGACACGUCCCCUUUACUUUUAUGUCUAUUUUUUGUCUUUUUCAUACUUAUUUGUUUUCAGUCCUGCCUACAAUUGCUGUUGGAAUUGUUGCUUUUGUCUUGAAAUAAAUUUCUCUCCUUGAUUUCAA